AGAUGCAGCGCAAGAUGGCGGACCCAAAGACAAAAAACCAAGAGUACCCAGAUGCAGCGCAAGAUGGCGGACCCAAAGACCAAAAACCGCAACAAAAAACCGCCAUAAGUUUCCGCAUUACCUCCGAUUGGCGGACCCAAAACAUGAACUUCUGCUUUGCGAUGCCAGAACAGUAGGUGGCGGUAUGUACCUACACUUUCUGACGGCAAAAUUUACAGAAGAAGAAGAACUCAAUCGACGUCGUUACAGGAGCACACACCUUCCAAUGCGCAUUUGUACAGCGAAACAACGGUAAGGAAAAUAUUAUUUUAAUCACCGUUUGACGAGUAUGGCAUGGUCUCAGAGAUUGCAUUCGUGCUAUUUACAACGGCGAAGAACUUGUUUCAUGCGUGUGGAAUUUAGUUUUCUUUUCCUGUCGGCUCUGCGCUGCGGUGGAUUUGAAAAAUUUGCGGCCUCUUAAUGUCUGUGUUUAUGCGCGUGUGUUUUCGCCACGUGAGUGUAUUCUUUUCUUUUCUUCCAGAUGCAUAUUUCCGUUGUGAGCGAGGGCAAUUGCCUGCAGCCGACUCUCUUGCCAUUAGGCUUUGGCUGUCCACUUUGCCCACGAUUUAGCACAACAGCACAAGCCUCAAUCGACAGACACUUUAAACGACACUUGGCCAGUGGAUUUUCUUUCGAAGGUAUGCCAUAUUGGGAGCAAAGGCGCCUUGGACACUCACACCUUUCCACACAGAUAGGACUCUCACACAUGCACCCAACCCCCAAAUUCACACACCUACUCACACACACACACACUUCUGUCAUCACAUGUGGAUGCAUGUUACCCAUAGAUAUUUUAUAUCAAUAUUCCUAUCUUAUAAUUAUCUUAUUAUCUUAUAAUGUUUGCCAAAUGCAAGGGACUUCACAAAAAAUAGUUUCAUUUAUACAUCUACUUGGAGAUCUGGCAUAAUUUGUAAUUGUGAAUAGUCAUAUCAGUGAAAUACAUCACACAUAAUGGCUCUCGAUGGAGCUGUUUCAUAAGUGAAUGAUAUAUUCAUGUACUCAGUGUGAUAAAUAUUUGAGAUAUUGAUUGUUUUUAUUAAUACUUACUCUAUCCAUUUCCAGGAAAGGUCAUCUGCAUAUGCCAUUUACCAUGCAGAGACAAAGGCCAUUAUCACUGCCUGUUUUGUGAGGCCACAGUUAUCCAGAAAGCCACUUUCAUACGGCACAUGCAACUGUGCCUCAGGAAAAUAUAUGCCACCCGAGACACCGCCACAGCACCCGAAUCCACACCAAUGUAUGUACAUCGUUCUGGACUCACAGUUUGACUACUCAGUUGUAAGUACUUUUCAACAUGCAGUGUCAUCCUCAAGGUUGUAUUUUGUAUUGUGCACUAAAAUGAAAUACAAACAACAAUUUCAGCAUGACAUGCCUGUUUUGCGGCGAUGGUGGUGCCUGUUGCUCCUGGAGAACCAUUCUUUGAACAGGUAGACAGUUUAAAUAAACUAGAUGCCCUAAUUAACUGGAAGACAAUCAAUAUAUUGUACUUAAAGAUAUAUUGUCAUUACAGUUGUGGGAAAAUCUUCGCCCACUGGACCGAAGAAUGUAAACAGCUCAUUGCUGGAAAGCAUACUCCAGUCUUCAGACUAAAGAGGAAGGCCGAGCAGCAGGACAUAGAGGUUAGAAAAUUGCCUUCUAAAAACAGUAUUAUCUCAGUGGGAGUCCUUCAAAAUGCACACAGUUGUAUGGAUCAACAUUGUCUCGAUGUAUUUGGUAAUUGAUGUUACUUUUCAAAUUGCCUUGUCAAGGAAACCAUGACGCAGACGGCAUCGGAUGUCCGAAGAAUGUGCAUGGCAGAGUCGAUGCAAUUCUGUGUCUACCAGACAUCCGACAACACAGGAGAGAGGUGUGUUGCAGACUCAAUUUAAUAAAUGCAAUUAUCGGGGCCUAUUCAGUGAUUUUCCAUGAAGUGACCACUUUUACAUAUAGUUUAAAUGCACGAAUCAUGUGGUAAAAUUAUUUAUACAUUCAAAUGUGCUGCAGAGGUAUAAUCAAUUGGACAGCGUGUUUGUUUAAUAUUAUGUUUGUCUCUCAUUUGAUCAGAUUGCUUUACCCUGAGGUAAAAUUGAUCAAAUGGGUCCAGUGCAAGACGUGCAGGGGCUGGCUGCAUCAGGAUUGUGCUGGGAUGGAAAUGGAGCCGUUUGACUGCGGGUGCGAGGACUUAAUUGAGCAUCCUCGGUAUAACAUAAUUUAUCAAGGAAACAUAGUAUCAGUCAAAAAUACGAGGCUCAAAGGAUGAAAAAAUGAGGGCUUGCUCUUUUUCUUAUUUCUCUGCAGGAUCAAGGAUGCUGUCGACAGUGGAGGAAUUCAUGCUGUCUUUUCUAAGACACAGAUCAAGGUUGCUUUUGAAUGCACUAUCAGUUGUUAAAGCCACCGUUUCUUUUUCAGAUGAUUACAUUUUUGUCUCUUGCUCUUUGGUUUCAGACAUUACAUGAUGAUCUCCUGUCCGGAAAGCUCCGCUCAAACCGAAUGUUCCUUUGGAGGAAUCCCGCCACCUCACUCCGACUCAAGCAGCACCUCAAGAUAAAGACAUUAAGUUGGAGUGAGCAGCGCGUAAGUAAAAAUGCCAUCCAUCAUGAGUAUUUUUACUCUCAGGGGUGUUACAUUUGAAAGGUGUUUACUUUGUGUUUUUCUUCAAUAGAUGUACGAGCUCCUGCGAUUCAUUGAGGAGGCAACAAACAUUGCUAAAAAAAUUAAGACAGGCAAUAUUCAUCUGCUUGAUUUCGUUUUUGACGUCAUGCUCCCAGAGGUGAGUAGAUCAAACUAUAUAGCUUGCUUUGAAAAUUGAUGAUAUUGUUAAGAGGUUGUUCUUAUUCAUUUGGAAAGCUCAAGAACAACAAUUAACCCAUACUGCAUAACUUCAAUUGUUCACAUUAUUUGCCUGUUUUUCAGCUUUUGAUCAAAGCACUGAAGGAGCAUGGCAUCAGCCGGUUCAGAGCGGAGCUGAUGAUGGCCUGUGGCAAUGUGUUUUGAGCCCCCCACCACACCGACGUGCUGAAUUUUGUAUAUUUUUUUUUUUACUGUUCACAAUUUUGUUUGAAAAAAAUUAAAGAAAUCUUCAAAGCA